UACAAACACGCAUGUCGAUAUUUUGAGGACGUUUGUUUUGUCAAGUAGUGCGUCGAUCAGCUGUCAUCGCAUGGCAAAAGUGAAUAGCAGGUGAUGGAGCUGCCGUCUUCUCAGCUGGGCACUAAAGAAUACUGGGAUGCUCAGUAUGAACAUGAACUAGCCAACUUUGAGAGUCAUGGAGACAUUGGUGAAAUCUGGUUUGAGGACAGUGUAGACAGACUGUUGGAGUGGAUACUAGAUACAGACCUGAUCACCACCCAGUCAUCUAUUAUUGAUAUUGGGUGUGGGAACGGAGCAUUCCUCCUUAAUUUGGCAGCAGAGGGUUUUACCAGUCUGCAUGGUAUUGACUAUUCCCAGAAAGCAGUAGAGCUGGCACAAGCUAUUGCUGCUCAAAAGGAGAUGAACAUAACAUAUAAGAAAGUUGAUCUUGUAAAUUGUAAUGAGGAGAGCCUGGCUAUAGAAUAUGAUGUGUGCCACGACAAGGGAACAUAUGAUGCAGUAUCACUUUGUCCAGAUGAUCCCAGCAGCAAGAGGGCAGCAUACAUGAAGGCUAUACACCGUAUGACCCGGAAGAAUGGCCUCUUCAUUAUUACCUCAUGCAACUGGACACAAGAGGAACUUUCUGAACAGUUCUCAGAUUGUUUUGGGAUUUUGGAUAAAGGAUUCUCAACCUGUACAUUCAAGAAAAUACAGAAGUCCAGUUUGCCAGCACUUAUAAGAAUUGUACUUUGUUAAAUAUCUCAAUUUUGCUGCUACAUGCAUGAUAUAUACCUAAGUUUUAUAGUAUUGGAAAGUAAGUGAAUUAAGUGAAUAAGCAUAGCCUGUGCCAUCAGGAAAUAUCCCAUUGAAAUAUCUCAAUAUGUACCAUAAUAUAAUGCUUAUGAGAGAGAGAGAGAGAGAGAGAGAGAGA